AUGGGGGCCCGGUUUAGUUACCCAAGUCUGCAGCAUGUCGUGCUGGUUGCCGGGCUGGCCGCCGUCAUCUGGUGGUACUUCUACAUGGGACCGGCGGCUGGUGGCGCACCCCCGAAUCGUCGACCCACCACCACCGCCAGCACCAAGAAGAAAAAGGACAAAAAGAGCAAGUCCACCAAGCACAGCACCUCGAAACCCUCCAAAAAGAAAAGCAAGGAUUCGAAGCGGAAGGUCCGUGCCCCGCUGACCCCGGAGAAGAAGAGGGCCCUCGCGUCGAAGGAGCAGAAGGUGAGCAAGGACGACCAGGGGUACGGGUCGAUGUGCUACUGCCGCGAUGCCGCCCACCGCAACACCUACGACCCCGAGCAGGCCAAGUUCAACCCGGCGCUCAUCUACCAGAUGACGGCCACCAAGCUCGGCCCGAUGCGCUACGAGGCCUACAAGGCCAAGGAGAUUCAUAUGUACCAGGGCGAGAAGGGCUCGCAGCUGUGCGAGGCGGCCCGCGGCGAGGAGAAGCUGCCCGACAUCGGCCAAUCCUACCUGACCGCCCUCGAGCCGAUCCUGCACGCCCUCGAAUACGGGGAUCGCCACGCGGCCCUCAUCGAUGAUCUCAUCCGAAACUAUGACUACCUCGAGACUUCA